CAUAUAUCUACUCGUACACUUUGAUUAUACAGUGUUGUUUAGCCUUUCACCGGUGGAAGUUUUGUCCAUUCACAGAGUUCACCUUAAGCACAUAAGAAAUUGACCUUUCGAAAAUUUUUAGAAUUGUCAGUCAUUCCUUUGAAAAUUAUGAUGGAUGGUGUUUAGAAGACUUGAAAGCUCUUACAGCCUCAACAUAGCCAAAAUGGAGAUGAUUAUUAGUUAAACGGCCAAGUAGUACAGCUGUACAAUCGAUCAGAAAAAUGGACAACAACACGUACUCUCUUGGUAGCUGCUAUCCAUUUGAUUCGGUUUGGAGGUACAAGCAAGACUUGCACACGUCCUGUAUAUUUGCGUGCGUUCUUGAAGUCAUUUUUCUUGUGCCRAUAACUAUUGAGAACUUCCUAGUMAUUGUAGGAAUUUGCAAAACACGYUCUCUWCAUUCGCCUGCAAACUUUCUGAUCUGUGCUUUAGCGUUUUCAGAUCUUGGUGUUGGAAUCUUGGCCCUUCCAUUUCAUCUCGCCUGGAAAGGCUUCUUGCUUGGUAACAUGUAUAGUUCUUGGUGCAUUUCGAUUAAGAUUGCAUAUGGUGUAGGWGUUCUUCUUGCCGCAGUGUCAUUACUGACAAUCACUGCUAUUAGUAUUGAGAGAACAGUUGCUCUUUACAUGGCCUUGCGAUACGAACUUGUAGCUACAAACAACAAGAUCUUUUUAUUCACUGUCAUCACUUGGAUCUCGAUGGCUCUGUUUUCUUUGAUCCAGUUCUACGACCUACCGUCUUAUCGAAUAACUGCUGCAUUUAUUUCGUUUGUAUGCUUUUCUAUCAGUUCUCUWUGUUGUUUUAAAAUCUACCAAGUUGUACGUCAUCAUAGAACUCAAAUAGAUAUACAAGAAAACGCUUCGGAGUACUAUAGUACMAAUAUUCCGACGCAAAAUAGCKCAAAAUCCAACAUGAAGGAAAGGAAAAGGUCAUCYGCGUCCAUGCUUUGUUUGUAYGGGUUAUUCUUACUAUGUUACACUCCAUACAUAGGAGUUCAGUUAGUUUUACUAGUUGGUGUAGAUAACUUCAUUGUGCAUGCAUCAGAAAUAAUUACAGUUAGUAUAGUUUUCAUUAAUUCUGUUCUAAAUCCUUUACUUUAUUGCUGGAGAAUGAGGGAAAUAAGAMGAGCCAUGAUGUCGGCUAUUCCCUGCUCGUUAAAACGAAUAGUUCCUAAUAUUACAGUCAACAGCCGAGUCUAUAAUAGCCAAGCAAGGAAAAACAACWUUAGGAGGGCAACUGGGAUGUCUGACAACAUGUUUGAUCACAAUAAUGUCAGCUCUCUUCGAGUUGACGGUGCUGUCAAAUGAAUCAAACAUAGGAAGUAGKAAYRCACCGUGGACAUUGGAUGAAGAAGAGGAAUCAACAAAAAGGGACUCGUAGCUAAUGAACACGAUUGACUUUCGUAAAUAACUGGAAUUAAUAAAAGUAAAAGAUAGAGCAGAGCAGUAAUACAGAUCAUAAAAUAUGCCCAUUGACAUUUCCGAACUGAAUAUCACGAUCAAGAUAUGUGAAUCAAAUUUGACAUGUUGGAUGAAUAAGAUCUACACGAGUUUUAGAGUUCAAUCUGAUUUUCUUCGGGAGCUCCUUUGACUUAUGAAGCCGGACUUGAACUUAUUUUGUUAUUGAGAUUAUUCACUAGCUUAUAGCACGAUCGUGUCACAAGAAUGUCAUCCCAUAUCCUAAGCUUCCAUGUAACUAUUGGCUUAUGAUAAUUAUAGAUACAAAAUGUUUGAWAGAAAUAAUAUCCUUGGAUUAGGACAGAAAACCUUACAAAAACACGUAAUACAUGAAAAAUUAAGCACAGAAAGAAAAAAAGGAACUAUAUUUAUAUGUUUACAAAGUCAUUUGUAAGAUGCCUCACAAUUGCGUAAAGUAAAUAGUCGUCUAACUUCAGUA